UUACGUCAAUAAAUUCUUCAUUAAAUAUCAAUGAAUUUUCAUUGAAUUAUUUUCUUGUAGAACUAGUAUGUAGAUCUAUUCAAAUAUGACCACUCUGUAGUAUUAUAUGUAUUUCUCACAGACCACCCUAUAUAUUAACAAUACUCAUAGAUUCAACAAUAUGGCACCGAGUGAUUAAUUUCGCGUUUGAUUAUUCCAUUACUACAUUUAUAUGUUGUCGAUAUUUACGUAGUAAUAUAACAAACGUACGCUACCGUAAGACAAAAUGGUAGAGUUGUAGUAUAUUAUUAAUGAAUUCACAGUUCACUGAGUUAGGGUAGUGGCUGGAUCAAGCAGUUCUAACCUUAUUCUGGAAAUUUCUUUUCUGGAUUUCACGACUGUUUUUAUUUCUUGUAACGGCAGUUAUAAAAGAAUUCACCACAAUGAAUGUCAAUCCACGAGUAUUUUUUGAUGUAGAAGUAGGCGGACUUCCAAUGGGUAGAAUAGUGUUUGAAUUAUUUGCUGAUGUGUGCCCUAUAACAUGCGAAAACUUUCGUGGUUUAUGUACUGGAGAGAAAGGACUUGGGAAAACAACUAGCAAACCAUUGCAUUACAAAGGAAUUGUUUUUCAUAGAGUUGUUAAAGAUUUCAUGAUUCAGGGUGGUGAUUUUUCAGUAGGUAACGGAACAGGAGGUGAAUCUAUUUAUGGCGGAACAUUUGCAGAUGAAAAUUUUAUUAUAAAACAUAACAAGCCAUUUUUGUUAUCAAUGGCAAAUCGUGGCAGAGAUACAAAUGGUUCACAAUUCUUUAUUACAACACAACCAGCGCCUCACCUCGACAAUGUCCAUGUGGUUUUUGGAGAAGUAGUGUCUGGCCAGGAAAUUGUUACACAUAUUGAGGGACUUCCAGUAGACCGUAUGUCCCGUCCAUUGCAAGAUGCUAAGGUUGUGAAUUGUGGAGAACUUGUAUUAAAAGUCAAGAGUAAAGCGAAGAAACGCGAAACAAAAGACAGUAGUUCAUCGGAUACAGAUUCUGAUUCUUAUGCAGAAAAAUCUAAGAAAAAAAAGAAGGCCAAGAAAAAUAAAAAAAGAGCAAAGUCGGAAGAUGGCGAAAUACACGAUUCAAAUGAAGAUGAUCUCGGAAAACCACAUCCACUUGUGUCAGUAACAAAAAUCGAUCCAGAUGAAAUACCGGAAGUGCCAGCAAAUAAAUUUUUGUACAGAGCAGGGCCAACGAAUAACGCGAAUCAAAAAGAAUUUAGGCAACAUUAUGGAAGAGAUCGGGUACGAUCGCAUAGAAAAACUGGUCGCGUAUUUAAAGGAAGAGGAAUAUUUCGCUAUCAUACACCUUCACGUAGUCGUUCAAGAAGCGUAACACCGCCGCACUGGAAGCAGGCUCAAAAUCGUACUAUCAAAUUACAUGAAUUUCAGAAAUUAGAAAAGGAACGUUUAAAAAAAGAAGAGGAAACGAAAAAGCGCGAGGCAGAUAGGAUCAAAAAGUUCACAGAAAAUCCGGACGAAGAUAGUCAGAUAAUGGACAAAUUUGAUACUGAUACACGAGUAUCCGAAGAACUCGAGAACAAGGAGAAUGAUCAGUUGGAAGAAAAGAAGGAUGACAAUAAAAACGUGGAACAGGAUCAAGAUAAUUUGAACACUAGUUCUGAUAUAAAUGAUUCUAUGUCAAAGGACAAAGCAGAUGGAAAGCAUAAAAAUGAGAAAGCAAUAAAGCGUGAUUCACAUCGAUCAUACGGCGACAGAUCUUCGCGACGUGAUUCACGGGACAGGAGUAGAAGACGUGGAAGUGGUCGUUCGAGAUCACGGGAUCGUCGAAGAUCCCGAGACAGGGAUUAUGAUCGUAGAAAUAGCCGUGAUAGAAGAAAUAGAAGGAAUUAUUAUCCACGUAGGCGAGAUUCUUAUAGAAUGAACAGACCAGGCAGAGAGAAUUAUAGAUACUAUGAUAGACGUAAUGAUUACAAAAGGACAAACAAUUCUAAUUCAAAUUACGAUACAGACAAAAAUCGAAGAAAGAGUGGUAACAUGUCGGAUUCUAACAAUCAACCAAAAUUUAAACGCCGCUCUCGUUCAACUAGUUCUAGUAGUCAACACUCCAAAGACUAAUUAUUUUUUCCUUUUAUUAUUUCCGCAACACCGAAAACUAUAAUUUAUAAAGCAAGCUACAUCUUCUGUAUCGUCUGCAAAUUUUUACUUUGAAUUUGGUUUUUGUCCUGAUGAAUUUGAAUUUGUGCAUAGACAAUGUAGUCUUAUAUUUGCUAUGAAUUGCAAAAUAUUAAUAACAACGUCUACAUGUAAAUUACAAUUCAUAAGUACUUAUGUGACAGCCUUUUAUAUUUUGUCAUAUGGAUACAUUAUGUUACAGAAUAUAAUUCUUUGAUCGUUACACAGAAUUCUUUGAUACGUAUAAGCUGAAGUGAUUAAAUGAACAGUAAAUGUGUCUUCUAAUUGUAUAGCAUUAUACUGUAAAUUAAAGAUACUUUUACUAUAAGUCACUAAUGUAUAAGUUAUAUUUGAACAUUUUUUGUGAGUAGUUACGCACGUACUUCUUUGUACCUUAUGAAAUUUGUGACAUACGUUUUAUUGUACUUUUGCGAUUGUAUUCUUGCAAAAUUACAAAAUUUUACAUAAAAUUCGGAGUUAUAACUAAUUACUAGGACUGAGUAUUUGAACUGUGUAAAUUCGCUGGAGUAAGUUCUUGAUUCGUUCUUCGGAUACUUAAGUCGUUCUAUUAACUGUACGUUUCCCUGUAAUUUUAAAAAUCCUU